CUACUGCGGCGGCCGCCUGAUGCUGGCGCGGCACAGCGGCGUCUUCGCCCUCACGCUCGGCCUCAUCCUGGCCACCAGCGGCCUCUUCUUCGCCUUCGACUGCCCUUUCCUUGCCAGUCACCUGACCCUGGCCAUCCCCAUCAUCGCUGCCGUCCUCUUCUUCUUUGUCAUCAGCUGCCUGCUCCAGACAAGCUUCAGAGACCCAGGGAUCCUGCCCAGAGCCACCCCCAGUGAGGCUGCAGACCUGGAGAAGAGAAUUGACAGCAUGGGCAGCUCCACGUACCGUCCCCCAGCCCGCACCAUGGAGGUGGUGAUCAACAAGUACGUGGUGAAGCUCAAGUACUGCUACACCUGCAAGAUGUUCCGGCCGCCGCGCACCUCGCACUGCAGCGUCUGCGACAACUGCGUGGAGAGAUUCGAUCACCACUGCCCCUGGGUGGGCAACUGCGUGGGCAAGCGCAACUACCGCUACUUCUACGCCUUCAUCCUGUCGCUGUCCUUCCUCACGGCCUUCAUCUUCGCCUGCGUGGUCACCCACCUGACCCUGCGCUCUCAGAGGGAUGGGUUCCUGGCCACUCUGAAGACAACCCCUGCGAGUGUGCUGGAGCUGGUGAUUUGUUUUUUCUCAGUCUGGUCUAUUUUGGGCCUCUCAGGUUUUCACACUUAUUUAGUCGCCUCCAACCUGACGACGAACGAAGAUAUCAAAGGCUCCUGGUCCAACAAGAGGGGCUCGGAGUUUGCCAAUCCCUACAGCCACAAAAGCAUUCUCACAAACUGCUGUGCAGUGCUCUGCGGGCCAUUCCACCCCAGUUUGAUAGACAGAAGAGGAUUUAUCCAGCCAGAUGUGGGGACCCCCUCCAGUCCCAAGAGUGAAAUCCCUUCCUUUGGAGCCAAGACUGACAGCAGCAUGGAGGAUGCCUGCCAGGACUUUGCCAUUUCCUGCACAGCCUGACGGGAUUUGCCCCUCCUGGGACGCUUGCCCUGAUUUCUGGGGGUUGGCUGGUAAGAAAGUGCUUCCUUCUCCCUCUCACCACUCGAGCCACCCAUCUCCACUGCAUGUCAGCUCUGGCUCAGAGCCCAUCACCCUGCAGCUGUGUUCACAGCCAUCCAUCCCACCAGAACCCCACCAGAACCCCCUGGCACGGGGGCAGUGGUGCCAGGGCUGAGGGGUCACCUGAAGGCUUGGCCAGAGGAGGAUGGGUUUGGUUUGCCCUGGCUUUGUGCUGGAGCCACCUGGUCUGCAUGGGGGACACCUGUGGGACACCGUGGGACACUGUGGGACGCUGGGACACGUGGGCCAGGGAUGGCAGAGGGUUCUGCAGGAGAGGUUCGGUGUGCGGGGGGAGCUGCGGCCCCUGGGGCAGCCCUGUGCCCCCCGCCCUGCCCGUUCUGUGGCUCCGGUCACCCCUCCGGCCCCUCUGCAGCUCCCGGUUCCUCCUGCCGGGACCGAGGUCAGUUCCCUCAGGGCACCUUGGGGUGUCCUGUGUCCCCUGUGUCCCCUCCCGCACGGAGCCGCUUCCUCAGCCCGGUCCCACCCCUGGAGCGAGCCUGGCUGCUCCGCCCUGCUCCUCUGCUCCUGGCACUAACCUCUCUCUCUCUUCCUCCCCUCUCUCCUCCUCGCUGCGGGCGCACCCAGCAGCCCGUGCCUCUCGGGGCUCCUCCCGGGACCGACCCGCGGCUCCAGCGCCU